CCUCCGCGUACGACGUUUAGUCGCGUCCGACGCCGUUGCCGCCGCUUGUCUUUGCAGUUGUCAUAUUUAUUUUAAGUAUUUCUAUCCGCCGUCAGUGUUCAUCGUGCCGUUUGAUUGUGCGUCGCGUGUCUUGUGCGAAUCGAUUACGUCUUGACUCGUUGUCACCGCGAUAUCACUAUUACCAGCUGGGUGUUGUUCUGUAUUCCGGCGUCUCCUUCUGGACUUACGUUUGUCGGCAGCACAGGAUCAACAACUCCGUUCGUUUCACCACGAGAUACAUCAAAAGUUAUUAUCAUCUUAUCGUUCUAAGAUGGGCAUGACUCUGUUAGCUAUUAAUGGACAUCAGUUAAGACUUGCAAUGAUGAAUGAUGAUGGUAGCGCUUUUUUUAUUCUUCGCAUAUUGAUUUUGGGAAUUAGUUUAUUGUUACAGUUGGCGUAGCGCUUUUACUAAUUGCUUGGUAUAAUGUGACUAAUUAAAACCAACGAAAUAUGUCAAUUAAAUUGGAAAACUACGUCAUUGUCAUUUUCUAAUAUUUUUAAGGUCAUCAACUUCCGAGCCCUAAUUAUUACGUUGAAAUUAUUGUAAUAAUUGCGAAAUUAAAUUAUUUGUCAACGCGCUGUCUACGGUGAAACACGGACUGCAUUUAAUUACAUUAAUUUAAAAUGGAGCAAAUUCGACCACAAUUGAAGGGAAGAGCUCGUGGAAAUUCUCAGGAAGUUAGAGUACCUAGACCAACACAAUCUACACAAUCUACUGAACAAAGGUUAGAUGUAGUUAGACCAUUUUCUCCUUCGUUUCUAUCACAAGCUGCUGGUGCUUCGCAGCAAAUAAAACCAUGGGUUCAACGCCCAAGACCAACCUCGUCACUGCCAACACAAACUACACGAUCAUUCCCAACACCGUGGUUAGAUGCAGCUCAACGUCCGCCUUCUGCAAUGCCAUCACAAGCUGUUGGUACCCCAUGGCAAAAGGGCUCUAGACCUCAUACAGGUGUAGCUCCUAGACAACACCCAAUGUCAGGAGUGCAACAAGUCACAGAAGGGCUUAAAAAUUUGGGUGCAGGGCAAGGUGCAGUACAUAAAUAUAAGACCACCUCAAAACCUGAAUCUUUAAUAAGAGUGGAUGGAAAACAAGGAACAACUGGACAAGACGUUAAAUUGUUAACCAAUUAUUUUCCUAUCACUUCAUAUAAAAAUUAUUGUUUGUAUCAAUAUGAAGUUGUCUUCAAUCUCGAAGAAGAUACAAUUAAUAUUAAAAGAAAUUUAUUAGCUCAGCAUCGAGAACGUUUAGGAGGAUAUUUAUUUGAUGGAACAAUGUUAUUUUCUGUAAAUCGAUAUGAUCCACCGACUUUUGAACUUACAUCUAUACGUCGCUCGAAUGAACAAAAAGUUAUUAUUAAAGUGAAAUUCACAAAUAUAAUAGAAACUGGUGAUCAUGCUAAUAUUAAAGUCUUCAACUUACUUUUGCAUAAUUGCUUUCGAUACCUGGACCUAUCAUUGAUAGGAAGAAAUUUUUACGAUUCAAAAGCUAAAGUAGAUUUACCACAAUAUAAGCUUCAGAUUUGGCCAGGCUUUGAUACAACAAUUGGCAGAUAUGAAAAUAACAUAUUAUUAUGUGCAGAUUUAGCUACUAAAAUAAUAAGAGAAGAAACAGUUUUUCAUUUUUUUAAUGAGUGUUUCGCGGAUAAAAAUCAUAAUUGGCUGAUGAACUUCAAAAAUGGUGUAAUUGGUACUACAGUUAUGACGAAAUAUAACAAUAAAACAUACAGAAUAGACGAUGUAGAUGAAAAUUUAAACCCAAGUUCUAAAUUUGAUAAAAAAGAUGGAUCUAAAAUGACUUAUAUACAAUAUUACAAAGAAAAAUGGAAUGUUACAAUUCGAGGUGGCUGGCAACCAAUGUUGAUUUCAAAAAAUAAAAGUUCAAUAUUUGAAGUUGAAGAUACAUUGGUUUAUCUUGUUCCUGAAUUGUGUUUAAUGACUGGUUUAACCGAUAAAAUGAGAAAUAAUUUCCAUCUGAUGAAGGAAAUAGCUCCAUAUACCCUUGUAGAUCCCGAGGUUCGGAAGGAAAAACUAACGAAUUUUGUAAAUCUUCUUCUUAAUACACCCGACUCUGUAACUGAAUUAAAAAAAUGGAACAUGACAGUAAGUAACAAAUUUGUUGAACUUAAUGGUCGUAAAUUACCACCAGAACCAAUUUUAAGUCAUACUUCAAGCUACUUCGGUGGUUAUGAAGCAGAUUGGUCAAAUAUAGUAUGGAAAUUACCAAUGUUCAAAACCGCAAUAGUAAGUCAUUGGACUAUAGUCACUCCAGAAGUAUAUGUAAAUGAAGUUGGUUUAUUUGCUCAAUCACUCACACAGGCUGCACAAAAAAUGUCUUUUGCACUACCUAAACCUUCUAUAGUCACCAUAAAUGAUGUGAAAGCGAAUACUUAUUUAACAAAACUUGAAGAAGUCAUUAAUACAUCAAAUCCCGCGUUGAUUUUAUGUGUCAUUCUUUCGUCACGUGGUGAUGUUUAUACUUUGAUUAAACGAAUGUUAUGUAUUGAUAGAGCAGUACCAUCUCAAAUAGUACUGCUGAGAAAUGUACAAAAGAACAAUUUGUCAUUGUCUACAAAAAUAGCUAUUCAAAUAAAUUGCAAACUCGGAGGUACACCUUGGCUAGUUAACAUACCUAGAAAAGGGUUGAUGAUUAUUGGUUUUGAUGUAUAUCAUGACAGUCAUCAUUCAAGUGUAUCAUUCGGAGCUUUAGUAGCUACUAUGAAUGAUACUCAUACUAAUUAUUUUAGUUGCGUUGAACCACAUGAAAGUGGAGAGGAACUUUCGGUUUAUUUUGCUACGGCCAUAUUAAAGGCUCUGACCAAGUAUAAAAAUAAAAAUGGUAAAUUACCUUCUUCUAUUAUUGUGUACAGAGCUGGAGUUGGAGAAGGCCAAAUAUCAAAUGUUUAUAAGACAGAAGUAGAACUAUUACAAACUGCUUGUGAAAAAAUGUACGGGACACCAACUGUACCAUUUACAUUUGUUGUUGUCACUAAACGAAUUAGCACUAGAUUUUUUGCUCCUAAUUCAGGAACCAUUAAAAAUCCUCAACCUGGUACAGUUGUUGACACUGUUGUUACAGAUCCAACCAAGUAUGAUUUCUUCUUAGUUUCACAAUAUGUAAGACAGGGCACUGUAAAUCCUACACAUUAUAAUGUAAUUGAAGACACACUUAGAUUUCCUCCUGACAUAUUACAAAGACUUACAUUUAAAUUGACUCAUAUGUACUACAAUUGGCCGGGUACAAUACGAGUUCCUGCUCCAUGUCAGUAUGCUCAUAAGUUGGCUCUCCUUACUGGUAAGACUCUCCGAUCUGCUGCUAACUCUGCGUUGGAUGAAACAUUAUUCUUUUUGUGAUUGUUUAAUUUAAGAAUAUGACAUAUAACUUAAUUAUUAUUU